AUGGUUUUAUUAGGUCGUGUGACAGCAAUAGGUAUAGCCAUAAAAAAGAGGAUUGAUAGAAGAAAGAAUAAAUAGCCAUAGAAGCAUUAUUUGGUUGAAUUUGCAGAGAAAUAAGAAAAAAGACUUAAGAAAUUAAAAAUAUUGAGAUACAAAAAAUACCCAAUUGCAGUAUGGUUUCUAGGAUUGGUGUUUUUAGCAUUUGGAAUUUCUGUUAUAACACUUAUUUUGAUGCAUAGGCAUGUCUUAUUUGAGGAAUUCGAUCACUUAAGUCUAUUUUGGAAAUACUUCAUAUCAAUUGCAUUUUGCUUAAUUGGAUUUUUCGCAAUAGCAACUUCUGAAGUAUACACAUUAGUAAUAAAUAAGAACUUAGAUGCAUUCAUUUAAAGGAAGACACCAUUAUUGAUAGGUAGGAGCUUUUAUCAAGGGCAUAUACUGAAAGAUUUAAAAGCCAUCUUCAUUGAAAAAAGAGGACAUGUUGCUAGAGAUACAGAUACUACUAAUUAUUAUAUUGUUUUUGAGUUUGAAGACGGAGUUAAAAUAGACACAGUCUAUGAUAGGAAGAUUCAAACUAUAAAGUAUAAGUACGCUGAAAUACUUAUCUAUUUAGGUAGAGAAAAUGAUGUUGAUUUCAGUGAUAUAAAGUAUUACGAUAUGGCAACUUAUAACUACAAAUUUGUUUAUUAAAGCCCAUUUCAGCCUAAAAAAGAUCCUGUCCCAUAAAAUUAAAAAGUUUCAAAAGAAGACAUGAAAAAGUAUUAGGAAUUGGUUGAAAAAUAUAAGCAUGUGUAGGAUUCUGACUUUUCAUCAGAUACAGAUGCUUAGUCUAGCAGUGAUGACGAUGACGAUGGAGAUGAUAUUAACAAUUAAAGAGCAGCUAGAAAUAAAAAUAAAUAUAUAAGUCCCAACGAUACCUUAUAGACAUAAGAAGAAAGUGUUUAAUUAAGGCAACCCAUUAAAACAGAAUGA